AUGUGGACGUGCCUGCGGCGCGUGGGCGCGCCUGUGGAGACGCGGUCGCCAGCGAGCAGCGACGCGGGCACCACCUGCUCGCACGGCGGAGCCUCGUCCGGCGCGGCAUCGUCGCCCUGCGGGAGCAGCGCGACCGGGAGCCCCACGCACGAGGGGCGCCAGGCCCUGCCCGCGGAGCUCUCCAAGGCGGCCCCGCCUGCCGCCGAGCGCCUGGGGCAGCCCGCGGACCCGACGCCGAGGGCGAGGCCGCCCCGGCGCGGCCGCCACCGUGCCGGCGGGCAGCCCUAG